AUGGCGGCCCCCUCAGUAAAUAUUAGCGUCGAAGCCGCUAUAGAGCAUCAAAUUCAAGAAGUUCGAUACGAUGGGCAGGAAAUAUACCUCGCGCCAUUGUCUAUGUCAGAAAAUUUAAGCAAAUUAGCACAUAAGAUUGACUUUUACAAAGAUGAAAGUGAGGAGAAAGGAAAACCAACAUCGGAAGGAGAAAAAGACACAGAUGAAGAAAAAGUUCUAGCUCCAUUUCAGCCAUCGCUGUGGCCUUGGGAUUCAGUGAGGAAUAAACUGAAGAACUCUUUGACAGAAAUCAGUGUUCUUUAUGAUGUAUUAAACAUUGUUAAAGAGAAACACUACAUGGUUACUGAUCCUGUUUCUCAAGAUCCCCCUGAACUGAAAGCUUCAUUGCAAAUGUUGGCAAAGAAAAAGAGUCUGGUAGCAGCAGCACAACUUCUCUCAACUGGUGCUGAACGUCUCAAAAGGGUCCAGGUUGAAAUGACAUCCAACACACAAGACAAUUUCCUCAUGGAGCUUCUGAAGCUUCGUAGGAAUUGGAGGUUGAAAAAAGUACACAACACAAUCCUUGGAGAGUUGAGUUACAAGUCUGCUGGCUCAAGAUUCUGGCAAGGUGGUACAUUUGAAGUUUUGAAAACAUCUGAUCUGGCUGCUGAUGGUGAAGUUGCUAGCCGCAAAAGCAGUUUGGAUGUUAGUAUCCCUAGUGAACUAGAAGGAGUGGCCUAUAUCCAAGUAGAAGUAAAAACUGUUUCAGACUUGAUGGACUUGACAAGUGCUACACUGAAAAUGCCAGCCGGCUUGGGAACAGUAUCAGCUGAUGCUUACUGGCAACAGAAGCUGGAGGUGGCCCAGAAUGUUCUGUUUUGCAAGGAAUUGUUUGCUCAGCUGGCUCGGGAGGCAGUGCAAGUGAAGGGUACCACCCCACAUAUGGUUGUGGGUAAUCAAAUACUUACAAAUGUGUUUCCAGGCAUUCAGUUGUCGAUUGUACUUUGUCACUACACAGGCAAGGAGAAGAAGGUGAAUCUUGCACCUCAUAAACUGGAACACAAUCAUGUUCUGGAACAUUCCCUGCACCAACUGCUGAGAGAAGUACACGACAGGAAUCUCAACUACAGCCCCCCACAUCCAGCCAAUGCCAUGCUGGGAAUGAGCAAGCGGAGAAGGCUUGCAGGACCCAGAGCCAUGUCUAGGUCUGAACUGGUCGAAAUGGUACAGAGUGAAUCUCUCCUGGAGCAAAUAUUGAAGCAAACAAAGCAUGCAGUUCUGCGAAUAAGAACUAUGCAUGUGAUAGACCAGCUGGCAGUCAGCAUUCAGGAUCCACAGAUCUGCGCUCACUGGAGCUGCCUUAACAGCAGUUUGGAAUCUAGUGUCAGGAUAACAAUCACCUCAUAUUGUUAUGAGAAUUGCAAGACUUUGUUGGUGUUGCUGAUUGGUAUAGACACCAUUAAAGUUGUGAUGAAAGAUGGCAGAGUGUGCACAUUGCUGUUUGAAAACAGUGAGCUACGUGAUCUCAUCCAGUGGCAGAUUUGUCAGCAUCAUGCUCAGUCCAUUCAGUCAUUGGCAAAGAUGCAGGGGUGGCAGGUGUUGUCUGCCAUUAUCAACAGUGGUCAUGGAGACAUGGAGGCAUAUGGUACUACCACAGAUGUAAUGCUGGCAUCUCCAAAAGGAAAUGUCAUACUAGCUUUCCAUAGUAACCCUGUAAGUGGUAACAAACUUGCAAUCAAGAAACUGGAUCCUUCACUAGAUGCUCACAUCUCUCCAGCUGUGACAGCUUCAAAGUGGGCAAGUUUAGCUGGAGAUUUUCAGGAAAUCAACUUAAACCAGCUGGAAGGUCGCAACCUUGUGGGAAAGAUAGACAUGCUAAUGGCUCGGCUGACGUCAAGUUAG